CAAGAUUAGACAUGCUAACGUCACCUUAGCAUGCUUGUUGUUGUUGUCUAUGAUUGGCACAUUCGCCUGAAAAAUAACGUGUAGGGAGUUCUUCGUUUCGAGGGGAUGUUAUAUCCUGAGUUGUAUUGGCAACACGAAGUGAGAUUUGGGGAAUCAUAUUAAGUUAUUUUAGUUUGAAUAAAUUAACUUGAAGAAUAAUUGCGGAGAUUUUAUCUGGUCAUUUAUUGCAAGACUACUAAAGUGCACAAUCAUUGCUAUGAAGUCAUCGCCUUUCCACUAGCUAAGCUAAGCUUCCCUAUAUCGUCGCACCAUCAUCUCACUUCAGUUAACUUUAUCUGCAGGGUCACUGUUUAUUUGCAUGCAGGACGUAGAGUCCUUAAUGAGACGUGGAAAUAGUAUACAUUAUUCACAGAGAGAGUUUAAUUUAAAGCCUGUCUGUCUCUUAAACUUAAAUGUUGCCUAACUAGUGUUUUCUUCGAGGUUAAAGCUCCUGCUAUUUCUUUGCUCCACGCUGGGAUGAUGGAAAAUAUGCGCAUGCUUGUCAGUGGAAAAUCAGCUGAUUACUGGCGUUGACUAUAUUGCUUGAACAAGAUGGCUGUGUCGGUGCGGGGCCUGUACUUUGUGGUGACCCUGUUCCUGGGCAGUUUCUUUGGAAGUAUCUUCAUGUUGGGUCCGGUUCUGCCCCUCAUGCUGCUGUCUCCUGCCUGGUACCGCUGGAUCACGGACCGCAUCGUUGCUACCUGGCUCACCCUGCCUGUGUCCUUGCUGGAGCUGGUGUUUGGGGUGAAGGUGGUGAUAACGGGUGAUGGCUUCAUUCCCGGGGAGCGAAGCGUGAUCAUCAUGAACCACCGCACGCGUCUGGACUGGAUGUUCCUCUGGUGCUGUCUGCUCAGGUACAGCUACCUGCGCCUGGAGAAGAUCUGCCUCAAGGCCGCGCUCAAGGCUGUGCCUGGCUUUGGCUGGGCGAUGCAGGUGGCCUGCUUCGUCUUCAUUCAGCGUCGCUGGGAGCAGGACAAGAAGCACAUGGAGAACAUGCUGGACUACUUCUGCAACAUCAGAGAGCCCCUGCAGCUGCUCCUGUUCCCAGAGGGCACGGACCUCACAGAAAACACAAGAUCUAAGAGUGAUGCGUUCGCAGUUCAGCACAACCUGCCAGUGUUUGAGUAUGUACUGCAUCCCCGAACCACUGGAUUCACCUUCAUCGUGGACAGACUACGAAAAGGAGACAAUCUGGAUGCUGUCCAUGAUAUCACAGUGGCAUACCCCAAGAACAUCCCUCAGACAGAACGCCACCUCAUCCUGGGACUUUUCCCCCGUGAGAUCCACUUCCACGUCCGCCGCUACCCCGUGGCCUCGCUGCCCGCUUCUUCAUCCGACCUUGAGUCUUGGUGUCGGGAGCGCUGGUCCGAGAAGGAGAGCCGUCUCCGGGACUUCUACUCAGGCCAUCCUCGGGGUUUUGACAGGGAGGGGGUCGCCCGUGUGCCACCUUGUAAGACAGAGCUUCGUGUGGCUCUGAUCAAAACCGCCUCGCUGCUGUACUGGACCAGCUUCAUCGCUUUCUGCUUCACUGGCCUGUGGCUGUGGGCUCCGUUCAGGCUCUACUUUCUGGUCAUGGUGGGGGUGUACGUGGCCCAGCAGAAGCUUUUUGGGGGAAUGGAGCUGCUUGAGCUGUCCUGCCAUCGAUACUGGAGCUCCAUGGCUGCUGACGAUGGUGAGAAGAGUAAGGUGCUGGAUGGGAAGAUGCAGUGAUGGAGGACGGGGUGGACAGGACAGUGACAUUAUAAAUCCAAGCAAAGACACUGGGGAUCCAGUCAUCUUGAGGGCUUGAGGAUCCCUUAGAGGGACGCGAUGCUCCACGCCUUAGAAAGGGAGUAAUGAGUUUGCCUCCUGAUGGUAUGCAUGGCUUCAGCAGAAAAGCUUACCUUUCAGUUAAAGAGGAAAUAAGAGGAAUGUUAUUUACCUACAGCAGUGCUGGAUUCAACAAAUUCAAACCAUAAGAUGUGUCUCUUUCUGUGUUCGUCUCCCCCUGUGCAUUGCUGUUAUGAGCCAGCUGUUUUUGCAUUUUAUCAGUUUGUGUUGCCGUUUAUCAUGGUUGUUUAGAACCUCAGUGUCAGUGUGUUACGAAAUGAUGCUGUUAGUCUGUGUUCUACUGAUGCCAUGUCUUAUAAUUUGGUUUUGUAGUUAAUGUUUUCCUUUGUUUUAUAUCAGUGUCAUAUGAAAUGGAGCAGAGCCAUAGUACAGAGCAUCUGUACAGAGACGACUCUAAACAAUAUUCAAAGCAGCACUGUCGUUGGACUAGACUGAUGAGACUGGUUAUAAGAACUGGCCUCUAAUCUAGCAAGGAAAGCAAAGGACUGAUAUAAUUCCAAGAGAAGGAAUAUACAGGUAUAUACAGUGUGUAUCAUUGUUUACCUUUAUGGGUAUUUUUACCCUUUUAUACCAGUUUGGGAAUGGAUGUUUCCCAGUCAGUCUGUCAGACAUAACGUGUCAUGUUUUAUUGUUUUUUUUACUGUACAGGUCAUAAAACAUUGUUUUUGUUCUGAUUUUUAAGUAGCUUUUGCACAUAAAAGCCAAAGUUAUAAGAGUAAAGAGUUUUACCAAACAGAAUGUAGUUCAACCAGCAGGGACAUCUGCAGAACACACUGGCAUAACACUCAGAGUGGAGAUGUUCCAAUACCACUAUAAAAGAUUAAUCCGAUACUGAUGAGAAUGCAGGUGUUGGUAUUGGCGAGUACACAUGUUCAUGCACCAAUCCGACAAUACAAUUUUGUUAAGUUUGCUUCAUUUAGCCAUGCUAUAUAUUAGCAUUAGAAACUGGAAGUCAAGUCUUCUUUACUGUUCGAAAAAUGCUGCCCACUCUGCCGUUUUUUAGAGCAGCAAAGGAGGCAGCAUGACAUUCAUUAUUCUUAGUAUGUGUUUAUUAACCCCCUGAGCCCUAUGCUAUUUUUUAAACCGUUGUGUCUCGCCUGGACUUUUUGUCUAAAAAACGCUAGUAAAACAUCAACCCUGUGGUGCACAGUCAAGGUCUAAACAUCCUUUUAUCAGGACAUUUAAAAUCAUUCUGUGACAUAAAGUCUUCAAAAGAUUUGCAUUUUUACUAAGAAGUCCUUGCACUUUUAGGAAUUUGAGUCAUUGUUCACAGCAGUUCCUAUCUGCAGUGACUGUGGUGACACAUCACGGCCCCUCUCACCUUCAGUCUGUGCACACGUGCUGUUAGGCAAAGCAUGACGUGGCAACAGAACCGCCUACCAUUGGUUGUCACAGCCCAGUCACAGUGCAUUCUGGGAUACACACAGACAAUAUGGCAACUAGCUGGUAGCUGCAAACGGAUUGUGAAUGGAUAAAAAGACUUUCAGUAUCUGAGUUACUGGUGUGGAUUUAAUCUUUAAAGACCACAGAAAGUCACCAAGUUCCAGAUUUACUAGAAAACAUUCUGUAAGAGCUACAAAGGCAUGGGUAGCAUCAUAAGAAUAGCACAAUAAAGGGCUUUCAGAGGAAAAAACAAGGAAGCGGCUACAAUUUCUGUUUAAAAAGAUAUUUAACUUUGAAUUACACGUAUCUCUUUUUGUUCUAUGCAACGUCAGUCUCAGAGGGUUCUCUACGAGCCGUUGCACCAUUCCAGGGUCACUAUCCAUGUCUUCAUAGACCUGACCCCACAACCUUACACUAAGCUUUUCUAGCGAGCUUGAACUUGGGUGACUUGUCAAGGACUUAAAAGGUUAAAUGCAAUCCGUGAAUCCAAUAUUGAAUGCCUUAUAUCCAUUUUUAAUCCAUUAUCAACUAUUUUUUGCUGCAAGCUUGAAUGCCAAUGGCCAUAUUUUCUUUGUGAGCUGCUGUCAACCAAUGGCAGGCUGUUCGUCAUCACAUCAUGCUGUUUCAAUGUGCAUGCUUAAACACAUUAUUCAUUAUAGAGGCUGCCUGAAUAGAGCAUAAUGAAGAGGAAGAUGGAUAGAGAGCCUGUGUCAUUGUUAUUCAGUUGAUCACAAUAAUCAGCAGGAAAAUAAGUUUAGGAGCCACAGAGAAGUUGUAUAUUACUAUUCUGUUUAUUCUAAGCUAACCGUAGGGUUAAAAUAAUGUGGGCAGCACAGUCCAGAAGCUUUACCGUUAUCAGAUUGGUCCUCGGUAUCUGCCAAAACCCAACACUCUGGUACACUCUGGUAUUGGAAUAUGGAAAGAGAAACUGGUAUUGGAACAUCUCUAACUCGUUGUCGUCAUCUCAUCAAGAUCAAAGAUGUGACUGAGGUGUUACAUGUGGAUAAGUGUAGAAGCAGAUGAGCUUUGUGCCCUUUCAGGGAAUGAAGGGAUGCCGUGUAGAGGCAGGAUAUGGGUGGUGCUCGGGUGGAAGAAUGUCCUGUUGGGACAACAUUACCCCUCAAUGUGCAGGGUGGCACAGAGGACCAGACUUGGAGUGGAAAACUGGCCCUGAACACAACCUAAUCCGAAAAAGCCCUGUAAUGCCCACCUCUGCUCGUGUCCCUCUCUAGAGGACUGGCAUUGAUGCGCCUGCUAAACUCAAUUAGCAAAUGACAGCUGAGAAAGCUGCUCCAAUUGUGCCAAAAAAGGACAGAAAUUGAAACAAGAUUGGAGCGGCUCUUCAGCCACACUUUUAGCCACUGACUCUCCUUCCAUCCAAUGAUGUUAAUUAAGAGAGUUAUGAAACAUUUGUGUCUGGGACAGUCUGUAGCAGUUCCUGUAUCACUGUGCAAAUCGUAUUCUAGCUGAACAGUUCAAACUUACUUAGUGAGACAAAUGUCCUUCAUGUUUGACCUCACAGAAGAAGCAUCUCCUGUUUUUUCUGUAUGAAUCUGAAGCUCCUGUAGUGAAACAGGGCCAGUCACUGUGAUUUAGCUGUUAAUAAGUUCAUCAUCAGCAUGUUGUAGUUUACCAAACAUGGUACUAGAACUGUUUCCUUCAGCCUAAACCAGCUUAAAUCUCCACGUUACUCUCACCUGUGCUAUUUUCUUUUGCUCAUUCUACAAUCACUCUCUGAUGCUGGACCUCUUUAAAGUUUCUGUCCUCAGGUAAAUGCAGCGGACACUGUUAGGAGUCAGAUUAAAUAUAUAAAUAUAUAUAUAAAUAAAUAUGCUAUAUCAACUCA